AUGCAGUUAGUAGGAGUGAACGUUACAGAAGAAAGAUUGAUAAACGGAAUUGGUAGAUUAUCCAAAACAUUGUUUGGAAUAUGUUCAGUUGAAAACUAUGAAUUUUUUUAUAAGAAAAUAAACGAAAUAAAUGAAAAACAAAUUAGGGUAAUUCAUGAUAUGCAACAACAAACGCGGAGAGUACAGUCAACAGUACAUGAUGUGGACGAAGAAAUAUUGAAAAUACAACAAAGCGAAACAGCGAUAAUAAAUAAUAUAAAUAAGUGGCAAAAUAAAGCAAACAGAGCCGAUAAAAGAAUAAAUGAAAUGGAAGUUAGACAGAUAAUGAAUGAAAAAACUGAGGAGUUAAAUAUUCUUUUAGCAUAA